CGCGGAGGCGGGGGGAGGGGGAGCUGCUAAGUGCUGCGGAGGGAGGAGAGGGAAGCGGACCCCGCCCCCUUCCCCCACGCCAAUGCCCGAGCUCCACGCACCUCUCUACCCAGCCCUCUGCCCUGCCUCUGUCACAGGGUCCCAUUUGCCUCUCUGGGGUCCCCCGGCCACCUCAGAGUCCCCAUCCCCACCCCUUUCCCGCCGUUCCCGUCUUCAGCUCGCCGCACUCGGGUUCACUGCCCCUCGACCCCCCCCACCACCACCAAGGGACGAGGAGUGCCGCACGCACUCCCUGCCUUGCGCAGACGCAGCCGUCCGCGAGCCCUCGGGGACUACAUUUCCCGGCGGGCCCCGCGCCCUCCCCGCGGUCAGCUGACCGGUCUCGUGAUCCCCGGAUCGUCAAGGGGGUUCGGCUGGAGGAGGAGAGGUGACUGCCCCCCGGGCCGCUGCCGAUCUCCAACCAAGCGGAGCCAAAAUGUCCCCGGAAUCUAAAAAGCUUUUCAACAUCGUUAUCUUAGGAGUUGCCUUUAUGUUUAUGUUCACCGCCUUUCAAACUUGUGGAAAUGUGGCGCAAACUGUCAUCAGGAGCUUAAAUAGCACAGAUUUCCAUGGCAGUGGAUACACCAGCUUGGCAAUUAUUUACGGCGUGUUCUCUGCUUCAAAUUUGAUCACUCCAUCCGUGGUUGCCAUCGUAGGACCUCAAAUUUCUAUGUUCAUUAGUGGCUUGUUUUACAGCAUGUACAUUGCCGUUUUUAUCCAGCCUUUCCCAUGGUCCUUCUACACUGCAUCUGUGUUCAUUGGAAUUGCAGCUGCUGUGCUUUGGACAGCACAAGGAAACUGCCUGACCAUAAAUUCCGAUGAGCACACAAUCGGGAGAAACAGCGGGAUUUUCUGGGCACUCUUACAGUCUAGCUUGUUCUUUGGAAAUCUCUACAUAUAUUUUGCCUGGCAAGGGAAAACUCAAAUUUCAGAGAAUGACCGAAGGACAGUGUUCAUUGCCCUGACGGUGAUAAGCCUCGUGGGGACAGUUCUGUUCUUUCUCAUUCGGAAACCGGACCCUGAGAAUGUCCUUGGAGAAGAAGAGUCUUGCGAUGACCAGGACAUGGAAGCCCCUGAGUCUGCCCAGAACAACGUGACAAAGGCAGUAGACGCAUUCAAAAAGUCUCUGAAGUUAUGUGUCACCAAGGAGAUGCUCCUUCUGAGCGUUACGACUGCCUACACAGGUCUGGAGCUCACAUUCUUCUCUGGGGUAUACGGGACCUGUAUUGGGGCCAUAAACAAAUUUGGGACAGAAGAGAAAAGCCUCAUCGGACUCUCUGGAAUUUUCAUCGGCAUUGGAGAAAUUUUAGGUGGAAGCCUCUUCGGCCUGCUGAGCAAGAGUAGUCGCUUUGGGAGAAAUCCAGUCGUGCUGCUGGGCACCCUGGUGCACUUCGUAGCCUUCUACCUGAUCUUUCUCAACAUGCCUGGCGAUGCCCCCAUUGCCCCCAUGGAAGGGACUAACAGCAUUGCGUACAUCAGGCCCAGCAAAGAAGUUGCCAUUCUCUGCAGUUUCCUGCUGGGUCUGGGGGACAGCUGCUUCAACACCCAGCUGCUUAGCAUUUUGGGUUUUCUCUACUCAGAAGACAGUGCUCCAGCCUUCGCAGUCUUCAAGUUUGUUCAGUCGAUCUGCGCAGCUGUGGCUUUUUUCUACAGCAACUACCUCCUCCUGCACUGGCAGCUCCUGGUCAUGGUGGUAUUUGGGUUCUUUGGAACCAUCUCUUUCUUCACUGUGGAGUGGGACGCCGCUGCCAUUGUGGCCCGAGGCUCUGACUACCGAAGUAUUUGAUGAGGCCCACAUCUCCGGGAAACACAUCUGGUCACAUCGCAGAGCUGGUUCGAGCGGCUGCCCGUUAUAACCGUUGAAUGACGUUGAGUCUGGCGGAGUUGGUGUUUACGGAUCCUCACGGUUGAGAGUUAGAGAACAAGGGAAGCCUGUCUCAGCUAUAACCCUCGGGUGUUUGGCCACCCACCUUCCUCGGCUUCUUACAAUCAUGUCCCUCUUCCUCAUGGGAAGAGUCUGCCUUGAACGCCAUGUGUCACUCAGGACUCUUGCUAGCUAUGGAGUAUGUUUCACUACAUAGGAUCAGGAAGCAGAAGCCACUCCACGUGUGGAUCUGGAAAGUGAGGGUGCUGAGACGCCGUUGUUGUGAGAUAGGGUCUCACUGUGUAGCCCAGGCUGGCCUUGGACUUGUCGCCCACCCCCUCCCCACCCCCACCUCCAGUGUUGAGUUAGAGAGUGCGCAACGCACGAUUUGAAGUGCACCCGUCUUUUGAGAUGGGGUCUUGACAUGCAGCCUUGGCUGGCCUGGACUCUGUACCCUAGACAAUGCUCCUGCCUUUGUCUCUAGAAUGCUGGGACAGCGAGAAUCCGCCACCGCACUCUCGUGAGACUUCAGCUUCUCCUGAAAUGCUUUGUUGAACAAGUCCUCUUCCUCUGCCAUUCCUGCCAAGGAGCGGCCAGUUCCAUGUCAUGAAAUGAAGUAAAGACUGUCGUUUGUCGAUUAAUAAAAGCAUAUUUAGAGAA